CUAAUUUUGAUUUUUAUUACGUAGUCAGACACUAUUAGAGGUUUCGAGCAGGGGGCUAUGACCCGACUUCCAUUUUAAAAAGUCACUCCAGCUGUCCUGAUUAAUUGCAGCAGGGCAGCGAUGGAAGCAGAGCGCCUAUUGCACCAAGUAGUGAAGUAAUGUAAGACUUGGAAUAGGAUGAUAAGGGUAGAAAGGUCCAAUUCUUGCACCCUGACCUUUUGGYUAAAAGGGGCGGGGAGAUAAAGAAAUAAAAACCGACCGAUCGAUGGAUCCCCAGCCCGGCAGCUGGGAGUAAUCCUCUACAGGAUUCCUUUAGGUGUCAGAGCGAAGCAGAGUGUACAAAAAUCACGCUUCGUCACCGACCCAUUCUUGGGAACCUUCACAUCACCCCUCUUCGAAGAAAGCCUCCUGAAUAGCUUAAUUGCACCUCAAACUUGAGCCCCUUUGACAAAGACGGAUAAAUAAGGACUGUCGGGAACGUGCGCCUCCUUAAGCCGCUGACGGAAACGAAAGUCGUCAAAGGGUUUUUUUUUCCUGAAGAAAUCUGUCGAUAAUUGCUCGUUCCGGGUGUGUAAGAAUGGUGGUCACCCAGGAAUUUGCCUACCAGACCCUUGGAAACGAAGUUUAUUUCCAUCACAACUCUGGGAAGCCCCUAAAUCGCACGUGUUUUGAGUUAUCACGAGAGACGCCAGCCCUCCGCAACAUUACGAAAACAACUUUUGCCUCCUCGGUAAUGCGCACGCGCCCCACACAGUUUUCCGUUGACUUUAAGCCCCGCCCCUUAUGCGUCCUCCGUGAAGGGUUGGGAGCCGUGAGCUCGCGCGACCACUCUUUCCUCAGUCUUCUCGAGCACAUCGUCGCAAACGAGGCCGGAAAGCGUGGCGGCGCAAGCGCAGGCGCAGAGAGCGGAGGCGGUGGUGGUGGCGGCCGCUGGCCAGUUCCUUCAGUGAAUCUGCAGACCUAUUUUCUCAGGAGUUCAGCCUGGCCUUACUUCAGUGAUAAAAGGAGGAAAGGCUGGCUAUAGCAAACAUCAUUCAAGAUGUCCAGCAAAGGAAGCAGCACAGAUGGCAAAACAGACUUAGCUAAUGGAAGCCUGUCUAGCAGUCCAGAGGAGAUGUCUGGAGCUGAAGAGGGAAGAGAGACAUCCUCAGGCAUUGAAGUAGAGGCCUCAGACCUGAGUUUAAGCUUGACUGGGGAUGAUGGUGGCCCCAAUCGCACCAGUACAGAAAGUCGAGGCACAGACACAGAAAGCUCAGGUGAAGAAAAGGACUCUGACAGCAUGGAGGACACUGGCCAUUACUCCAUCAAUGAUGAAAACCGAGUUCAUGACCGCUCAGAGGAAGAGGAAGAAGAGGAGGAAGAAGAACAACCUCGGCGCCGUGUACAACGCAAGCGAGCUAACCGUGACCAGGACUCAUCAGACGAUGAGCGGGCCUUGGAGGACUGGGUGUCCUCAGAGACAACAGCCCUGCCCCGACCUCGAUGGCAGGCCCUCCCUGCCCUUCGGGAACGGGAGCUGGGUUCAAGUGCCCGCUUUGUGUAUGAAGCCUGUGGGGCAAGAGUCUUUGUACAGAGGUUCCGCCUGCAGCAUGGGCUUGAGGGCCAUACUGGUUGUGUCAAUACCCUGCACUUUAACCAGCGCGGCACCUGGCUGGCCAGUGGCAGCGAUGACCUGAAGGUGGUAGUGUGGGAUUGGGUACGGCGGCAGCCAGUACUGGACUUCGAGAGUGGCCACAAAAGUAAUGUCUUUCAGGCCAAAUUCCUUCCCAAUAGUGGUGAUUCCACCCUGGCGAUGUGUGCCCGGGAUGGGCAGGUUCGGGUAGCAGAACUGUCUGCCACACAGUGCUGCAAGAAUACAAAGCGUGUGGCCCAGCACAAGGGAGCAUCCCAUAAGUUGGCCCUGGAACCAGACUCUCCCUGUACGUUCCUGUCUGCAGGUGAAGAUGCAGUUGUCUUCACUAUUGACCUGAGACAAGAUCGGCCAGCUUCGAAACUGGUGGUGACAAAAGAGAAAGAGAAGAAAGUGGGGCUGUAUACAAUCUAUGUGAAUCCUGCCAAUACCCACCAGUUUGCAGUAGGUGGACGAGAUCAAUUUGUAAGGAUUUAUGACCAGAGGAAAAUUGAUGAGAAUGAGAACAAUGGUGUACUCAAGAAAUUCUGUCCUCAUCACCUGGUGAACAGUGAGUCCAAAGCAAACAUCACCUGUCUUGUGUACAGCCACGACGGCACAGAGCUCCUGGCCAGUUAUAAUGAUGAAGACAUUUACCUCUUCAACUCCUCUCACAGUGAUGGGGCCCAGUAUGUUAAGAGAUAUAAGGGCCACAGAAAUAAUGCCACAGUAAAAGGCGUCAAUUUCUAUGGCCCCAAGAGUGAAUUUGUGGUGAGCGGUAGUGACUGCGGGCACAUCUUCCUCUGGGAAAAAUCAUCCUGCCAGAUCAUUCAGUUCAUGGAGGGGGACAAGGGAGGUGUGGUCAACUGUCUUGAGCCCCACCCUCAUCUGCCAGUGUUGGCAACCAGUGGCCUAGACCAUGAUGUGAAGAUCUGGGCACCCACAGCUGAAGCUUCUACUGAGCUGACCGGGUUAAAGGAUGUGAUUAAGAAGAACAAGCGAGAGCGGGAUGAAGAUAGCUUACACCACACUGACCUGUUUGAUAGCCACAUGCUCUGGUUUCUUAUGCAUCACCUGAGACAGAGACGCCAUCACCGGCGCUGGCGAGAACCUGGGGUUGGGGCCACAGACGCGGACUCUGACGAGUCUCCCAGCUCCUCAGAUACAUCGGACGAGGAGGAGGGCCCCGACCGGGUGCAAUGCAUGCCAUCCUGAGGCCUCAUGCCUAAGAGGGGCGGGCUGGGGCUGCCAACCCGAUCCUGCCUGGGCACUGCUUUCCUGUCCCAGGCCCUUAAAUUCAGCAGAAAUGCACUUUGGACUUUUUGUUUAGAAGACAUCCCAAGAGAAGGACAGACCAGAGGGGGAUUGAACCAGCAGACAGCACCUAGGAGUGGGAGUUGAGCCCUGGAAUGGGUUCUGUGGAGAGGCACAAAGGACUCAGCAGAAAUGGCCUCUCCCUGAAGCUUUUUUUUGGGGGUGGUGGGGAGCCUGUUUUGUUAACUGGUUUAGGAUAGGCAAUGGGGCUUCUUUUAAUCUCCCUUGUUUCCUUUGUGGGGGUGGGGUGAGGGCAACAACUGGCUGUUCAGUACCAAGGGGCCAGAGUGGAGGGUAGGAGUGCCACUCGCUCUUUGGUUUAGGUUUUUGACCUUUUUUUUCUUUGUUUUUUAAAGUCUAUGACAGUUCCAUUGUUUUCCCCCUGAGCAAAUCUAUCCCAGGAUCCUGUUUUUCUGGGAAGUCCUUAGAGCCCUUAACCAUCCCACACUUCUCACUUUCCACCUCAUUCAUUCCCUGUACUCAUCACAGUGUUUUGCACUUGAUUAUGUAUCCUUCACUCUCUUCUCUUCAUCCCAUCACCCCCUAAAUAGGUCUGGUGAAGGAGAUUGGAGAGAGGUGGGAGGAGGGGCAGAGGUGGAAGAAGAAUAGGAAGGAUAUUACCUCUUCUGUUAUUUUUUUAAUUUUUUUUUUUUAAGAAUUGUUUGGUGGCAGCAAUCUCCCUGUCCCUAUCACUGUUAGAGGCCUAAUUUUAUAUCUAUAAAUAUAUUAAAAAGCAAGUCAAACUUGGAUGUAUCAAGUUAAAAUUAUUGUCAAAGUUUAAAUACCUAUAUAUUCUCUAUGAAUGCAAUAAAGGGACUUAAAGGAAGAAUGAGCAAGAGUAAUGAUGUCAAAAUGACACCCAUGGUUAACGUGCCCUUUAUAUAUGACCAUUAAAGCCUGGGGCUUAUUCUUAGGUUUUUAGGAGGCUCAAUAAUGGAAGGAUCCUCAGUUCUGCCCUUUUCUGCCUGGAUAYAGGGGUUGGAAAAACUUUUUCUCUAAACUCUGCCUCAGAUCCUCUAACUCUCCUUAAAUCUCAUGGGAGCUCCCAGGAUGGGUCUUCAAAUCAGAGGCCGGCCUAUUUUUAAAACAUGACAGACCUGUGACAUUAGAAAGGGCGCUGCCACCCACUGCCUACUCUCUCCCGAUCUUGUGUGACAGAAGAUACACACAUUCUCUUAGCUAUGAUUCUUUAAGCAAUCCGGCUCCAUAUCAGCCCUUCCUAAUGAAAAUAGUAAAGGGCAAAUUUCUUGGGUUUGACUUUAUAUAAAUGUYGUCCACCUCUUGGUAUCUUGGGAUUUAGGGACAAGAAAGACAGUAAGGGUGCAUGCCUAUAUAAUCCCAGUGAUUCAGGAGACUGAGGCAGGAGGAUUUUAAAUUCAAGGCCAGCAUCAGUAAUUUAUCGAGAUACUGUCUCAAAAGGAAAAAAAUAUAGAUUUGGGAUGUAGCUCAGUACUAAAGCACUCCAGGUUCAAUUCAAAGUACCCAGAAAAAGAAAGAAAACAGGAUUCUGGUGGCUAGGGUUUGGACACCUGUCUUAACUUGUCACUGAGUAUGAAAAUCCUAUUUGAAUUCUUGCCCUUAACUGCUUUUGCUGCUAUUUUUCUGCCCCCAAUUUCCACAAGAUCCAGUUAGGAAUUUUGCAUCCUGGAACAGUUGGAUUCUACUAAACCAGGCAAA